GAUGAGAUCCGUAUUCUUAUCAAACAUGUCGAUGAGGCUAAUGGCCGGCCCUUUAAUAUCCACAAAUGCCUGACGCCCAGUAUAUCCAACAAUAUCUGUCACCUGGUGUUUGGUCACCGGUUCGACUACAACGACCCCAAACGUGUGGCUUUUGACCUGAUGUUGGAAACCAUUAGCCAGAAGUCCAUAAUAACCACAGCCUUCUUAUCAGCGGCUCCCCUAUGGCUAACAAAACGCAUGUAUAGUACCGGUGCUAUCAAUAGUAGGAAGGUCUUCGAGACUGUGGCCGGGGUUAUUAGGUCGGAGAUUUCAUCGCAUAAAAAGUCAAUGAAUCCUAACAACAAAUUCCGCGAUUAUAUCGACGGAUACUUAGCGGAGAUGGAAGUGAGACAACGAAAGGAUCCCAACACUCACUUCACCCUCCAAAAAUUGUCAGAAAUGGUGCGAAUACUGUUCGGCGCCGGGAGUAGUGCUGUUCAAGAGUCCAUUGAAUUCCUGUUAUUACUGUCCGUCAGAUACAGCGAACACCAGAAGAGGAUUCACGAAGAGAUCGAUUCUGUGGUCGGAAGAGAUCGGAGUCCCUGUUAUGCCGACAGACUUCAUAUGCCGUUCACUCAGGCGUUCAUUAACGAGUCGUUUCGAUACAAAACUAAAUUGCCGUUCAAUUUGAUGCGAUGCACAACUAAGGAUACGACAGUUUUGGGUCAUUUCAUACCGAAAGACACCAGAGUUAUAGUCAACACAUAUGCGCUUCACUCUGAUCCCAAAGUAUGGGUUAACCCCAAAGAGUUUAUUCCCAACCGAUUCCUAUCAAGUGAUGGCAAAAAAGUACUCAAAUAUGAGACUUUCAUACCAUUUCUAAUAGGUAAGCGUUCGUGUGUUGGGGAGACAUUAGGACGAGUGGAGGUAUUCCUGUAUUUCGUAUCAAUUCUGCAAAGAUAUAGAGUUAGCGCUAAGAAUGUGGACAUAAUGUCCGUCAUAGCCAAGAGUUUAACGAUGAAUGCAAAGCCAAAGGAUGACCUAAUCCUCGAGUUUCACAAACGUUUAUAA